AAUAGGCACAUAGUCUUCCAGUUACUGUAUAAAUUGGACAAUUAAACCUUGUUUUCUCUUCACACUCAAUACACAAAUUCUCUCACACAGAAAAAAUCAAGACCCAAAUGAAAAUAUCAAAUAAGCCAACCAUCCUCCACCUCCUCCUCCUGGCAUAUGCUCUGUCUUCAGCUCCACCGGUCAUCGGCGUGGCGUCGGGGAAGUCGCCGGUGUUUCGGGAAUACAUAGGCGCAGUGUUCAGAAACGUCAAGUUCUCCGACGUGCCCAUAAACCCAAACGUUGACCACUUCCAUUUCAUUCUGUCCUUCGCCAUUGACUACAAAACCUCAUCUUCCUCUGCCCCUCUUCCUACCAAUGGCAAAUUCAACAUUUUCUGGGACUCCCAUAACCUCUCCCCUUCUCAUGUCUCCGCCAUCAAGUCUAAGCAUUCUAAUGUUAAGGUAGCCGUCAGCUUAGGCGGCGACACCGUAAAUGAACUCCCCGUCCUUUUUGCACCGUCUUCCGUCGAUUCUUGGGUUUCAAACGCCGUGUCUUCCCUGACCCGGAUCAUCGGAGACUACAACCUCGACGGAAUCGACAUAGACUACGAGCACUUCCAACCCGACUCGGACCCAGACACGUUCGUGGAGUGCAUCGGACGGCUGAUCACCGCCCUGAAGAAAAACAGAGUGAUUUCAUUCGCCUCCAUAGCGCCGUUCGACGCCGCCGCCGUCCAGAGACAUUACACCGCCCUGUGGAAGCGGUACGGCGGCGUGAUAGACUACGUCAACUUCCAGUUCUACGCAUAUGAUAACGGGACCACCGUGAAGCAGUUCAUAAGCCAUUUCAACAAGCAGAGGGAUGAGAACUACGGUGGGGGGAGAGUGCUGACGAGCUUCGUCAGCGGCGGGGGCGGCGGGUUGUCGCCGGAAAAGGGGUUCUUUAAGGCUUGCGGCGAGCUGAAGAGGGAGGGGAAGCUUGAUGGGAUAUUUGUGUGGUGUGCUGAUGAUUCGAAAUCGAAUGGGUUCAAGUAUGAGAAGAGGGCGCAGGCUCUGCUCGCCGACCAAAAAUAAGUUGAUUUUUUUUAUACAACUGAAAGAAAACAAAAAAUAAGGUGAUGAAUCCUGAUGAUACUCUCUAUUUUCAUCACAAUUAUUACUCUGAUGAAUAAAAAGAAAUUGCCCAUAAUAAGACUAAAACAUACUUAAAAAGCCAUAAUAGGACUUAGCAUGUUUAAUUCCCCUAAUAGGAGUUAUACGGUCCUAUGCAGACGUUUCGCAGUUUAGCUAAUGUCUAUAUUACCCCUGUUUCUAUUUUUGCUAUUCGGUUGGGGGGUUUACCGGCUAUUUUCGGUUAUUGCGUGUGAAAGCAUUUAUUAGUUUCCUUUUCCGUUUUUGAUUAAGAUUCUGCAUAAGAAUUAGUUUCCUAAAUCAGUUGGGACAUGAUUCAAUUUAUUUGCUCAUUCGUCGUUUUCUCCUGCAUUCUUCUUUUUCCGCCAUUGUUUGAAGUUGGAGUUCGUUGAGGCGGUUGAGCUGUUCGCCGUUCUGCUUUUCAUUCAUCUUCUUCUGCUGUUCAUCGUUCUGCUCUUCGUCGUUUUGUCCUGCUUUUCAUUCAUCUUCGUUCGUUUGCAGAGUAUGUUUGCUGAAACUUGUCAUCGUUUAUCGUCUUUUUUCUUCAAUCAUUGUUAAAUGUAUGUUGCAAUUUCAUACCUUUUACAAUAUGUCAAUUCGUCAGUUAUACACAUGUAGCUAUGUAGUAUAAUUCUUCUACAAUAUGUCAAUUCGUUAUUCAUUGUAUGUUGUUAUUUCGUAAAACAUGUCUUUUUGUAUUCGGAACUGUCAUGUUGUGCCAUUUUGUUUGGUACAUAAUAAUUAUAUAUCCUUAUAAACUGUCAUGUUGUAUAACUCUGCGUUGUUUCAUGCUUAUAAACUGUCAUGUGUGUGUCAUGUUAUGCUGAAAUAUUUGUUUUCCUUCACUUUUUAGGAACCUUUUUCCACAAUGGAUCCUGUUUUAUUUGUUAUGGUCAAGGUGGAUGGUUUUUGGGAUUCUGACUAUGUGUUCAUCAAUGUCCACACAUGUGGUCUUCAUGUUAACUAUGGUGUUCAAUAUACUUCUUUUGUUGAUAUGUUGACUGGCAUGUUUUGUCAGUACAAACCAAAUCAUAAUUUCAGGCUUUCUUAUAUGCGAGAUGGAUUCCCUCCUCCUGUUACUAUAAAUGAUCAAUCUAGCUUAACAUUUUAUCUUUAUAUCAAGUCUCUUCAACCAGAUUUUUUAAAGUAUCCUCUUUGUGUUGAGUUUUAUCCUGUCUCUUCUUCCUCUGCAUUUUCUGUUGAUGUUGAACGUUCCAUUUUUCCUCCAACUAAAAAUGUUGUUAUUUCUCCACAACAACUUACCACUUAUACUAUACCCUUCUCCUCACCUCCAACUUCUGUUGUUAAUCUUUCAACUCAUUCACUUUCUGUUGAUGAGAAUGUUGUUGAUUCUUCCCAACAACAUGCCUCCUCACCUGCACUCUCUUUUGAUGAUAGCCCAUCUUUUUGCACUGAAAAUGUUAACCUCUCUGGUACACACUCUCAAGAUGUUGCUUUUUCUAGUAACACUGUGUCUAGAGCUGUAGAAAUUGAAACGUCUGAAGACAGUGAUGAAGACACAGAUGACAUGACAGAUGGCUUAGUAAUAGAAUCAUGUCAAUCACUCUCAUUUCUCCACAAUUUUGAAGUCAUCACACACUCCCAUCCUACUUCUCUUGUUCUCUAUGCUAUUUACAGAAGUAAAAAAGACCUUAUCCACCAUCUGAAGCUCUAUGCUAUCACAAACCACUUUCAAUACAGAACUAAGACCUCUAGGAAAAUAUCUUUACAUGUUAUUUGCUUAGAUCCUGAAUGUCGUUGGACUGUUCGAGCUGUAAGACUACAUGGUGUAGAAAUGUUUCAAAUCAGAAGGUAAUUCUAUUUUCCUUCUUUGUUUGACUUCAUUGUAAAUUCUUGUUUAUCAGAAUGUCAUGUAUUGAUGACAUUCUUACACAAGAAUGCCAAAUAUAUAUUAGUCAGUUGUAUAGUAAUGCCACUUUUUUGUCCUUUUAGAUUCCGUCCAGAACACACAUGCUCUAUUGAUUAUAGACAAGGCAAACAUAGACAGGCAACUGCUAAUGUGAUAGCACAACUUAUUGCACACAAAUACCUUGAUGCUUCCAGUAAACCAUACCCACCAAAGCAAAUUCGUGAAGACAUGAGUGUGGAGUAUGGAAUUUCCAUGUCAUACAAAAAAUCUUGGAAAGCACAGAAGAAAGAAAUGCAGCUCCAAUUUGGUUCUGAUCUUGAAUCCUAUCAGGUUUUGCCUUCUAUGGCUUAUGUGCUUAAGAAAGCGAAUCCUGGCUCUAUUUUUGAUCUAGUCACAGGGCAGGAUGAUGCAUUUUGUACCUUUUUUAUGUCAUUCAGUGCAUGGAUAGAUGCUUGGCCCUACUGCAGACCUGUUCUUAUAUUGGAUGGUUCUUUCCUCAAAGGUUACUAUAAAGGCACUCUUCUUACAGCUUGUUGCCAAGAUGCCAAUGAUCACAUAGUUCCUAUUGCAUUUGGUAUUUGUGAUUCUGAAACAAAAGCUUCUUGGAAAUGGUUUUUAUCCAAAGUCUCUCAGACAAUAAAGUACAGACAUGACCUUUAUGUAGUAUCUGAUAGGCAUAAAGGGCUUAUAAAGGCUGUUUCUGAACUCUUGCCACAUGCUAGCCACGGUUUUUGUGUUGCUCAUCUGCGUCGUAACAUGACACCAAAAUUCAGAGGAUCUGCAGCUGGUUUGGGAUGGAAGUUCAAAGCUGCCUAUAUGGCAGCAACUGUUAAAGAAUAUCAUGACUACUUAUCCAUGUUGGAUUCUGAAGACCCCAGGAUAAGGACUUGGCUAGAGAAACUAGGUGCUAACACAUGGGCAAAAGUAAUGUCUGGACCAAAGAGAUAUAAUAUUAUGACAUCCAAUUGUGCUGAAUCUAUGAACAAAGUCAAUGUAUGUGCAAGAGAGUAUUCUGUGUCUAAAGUUGUUGAUUUCUUGCGUGAAAGGAUGCAGCAAUGGUUCACUGAGAGGAAAGAAAAGGCUGAGAAAACAAGUACUAUACUCACACGGAAGUGUGAGAAACGUCUUGUAGCUUUGCAAGCUGAAGCUACACGUAUGAAGGUAAAACCAUCAUGUGCCUAUGAAUUUGAAGUUGUUGAUAGAAGAUGCACUUCUUUUGUGGUCAACCUCAAUACUAGAAGUUGUACUUGCGGCCACUUUCAACUAGAUCACUUUGUUUGUGCUCAUGUUGUUGCUGCAAUUGCUAUACGCCCACAUCUGUCAUGUUAUACUUAUAUUUCACCUUAUUACACUAGAGAUGCUUGGCUUGCUACAUGGUCUGGUAUUAUGCAUCCAAUUGCUGAUCGUGACAGUUGGUCCGUUCCUGCUUCUACUCAAAACCAACGAUGCAAGCCACCAACUUGUAUGAAACGUCCUCCUGGUCGCCCGAAGAAAUCUAGGAUUCCAUCCAUUGGAGAAUAUAGAGGUUCAAAAAGGCAAAGAUGUUCUAGAUGUCAUGUGCUUGGGCAUAAUAAGAAAACUUGUAGGAAUCCCAUUCCAAUCAAUACCCAUUGAUGUCAUGGCUAAUUGAUUGCAUCAUAUACUUUUAGGAAUUUUACUAUGUGGUUUGGAAGUAGUUGUCAUUUGUUUAAAUGUUCUGACAUUUAGUGUUUAUGAGUUGUCUUUUGGCAUUUUGUUUAAGCUUAACUGACAUAUUUCAUAUUUGAUGGCAGUUGUGGUUCACACUUGAUGCCAGUUUGUUAUGAAUACAUUUCAAUGUCAUAUUUCACAGUUGAUGUCAGUUGACUUAUGGUUUGGCAUUUUGUUUAUUGUUAAUUAACAUAUGUCAG